ACACGUUCUCCUCUUGGGCCAGUCCGAGUCGGGCAAGAGCACUUGUAUCAAGCGUGAGUCUCUCUCUCUCUGCACCUUUUUUCUGGGCCAGUGUCCGGGGCGGUCUUUUCUGCCAUGUCUCGUGGUCCAGGCACAUCGUGCACAUAUUGUGUCGCUUCCGUCUGCUUGGAAUUCUGAAAAGAACAUUCCACCUGAGAUGCUGGCUCGGGUGCGGUAGCGGCCGACCGAGAGUUGGGGCCACAGGUCUGAAGAUAGACUAAUGCGUUCUUUGUAGAAUUCCAGCUGUUGCAUACCCCGGCUGCCUUUCACGCGGAACGAAUUGCCUGGCGCGCUG